AUGACUUACAGAAGUAUCACCAUGGGAACUACGGCAAAAUAUUCUGCUCCGCCAGCCGAACUUUACAAUCCAUUUACUUUGAAAGAACUCCAACUUCUGACGGAUUCAGUUGCCACAGCGCCAAAUCAGGCUCGAGGAAAAAUCGACUGGACGAAGUAUUUCAAGUCAAUUUUCGAGCCGGUUGGAGCCACGUUGACUGACACUGAUAAAAUCAUUGUUGUCAAUCCGACGUUCCUCGAGCAACUCGUCGACUUGAUCAACUCUUUCGAUGACAUAACCAUUGGCAAAAUGGAACAGUGCAUCGGGAAAACCAACAGGUUCCUCGGUUGGUCUCUAGGAGCAAUGUACAUCGAGAGAUUUUUCAACAAGGAUUCCAAACAAAACCUGCUUGACAUGGUCGAACUAAUCCGAGCAGCGUUCAUUCAAGAGCUCAACGGCACCACCUGGAUGGACCCAAACACUCGGGACCUGGCAAUGGAGAAGGCCAAAGUGAUGCGUGUGAGAAUGGCGUACCCGGACUGGACAAUGACCGCGGAUGGCAAACCCAACGAAGAUGCCCUCAAGGUGUAUUACAAAGGCCUGCUUGACAUGGUCGAACUAAUCCGAGCAGCGUUCAUUCAAGAGCUCAACGGCACCACCUGGAUGGACCCCAAAACUCGGGACCUGGCAAUGGAGAAGGCCAAAGUGAUGCGUGUGAGAAUGGCGUACCCGGACUGGACAAUGACCGCGGAUGGCAAACCCAACGAAGAUGCCCUCAAGGCGUAUUACAAAGGCGUGGUGAUUACGGAAAAUGACCACUUUCAAAACGUGCUGAGCAUCUUCCAGUUUGAGGUGAAAGACGAAGCUGCACUUUUACGCAAGACGCCAGACCCGAACGAGUGGAUAACGAAGCCAGCUGUCGUGAAUGCAUUUUAUUCAUCUUCGUAUAACGCCAUUUCUGGGUUUCUUCAACCACCAUUUUAUUACCAUAGUCUGAAUGUACCAGCGAUCAAUUUUGGUUCCAUCGGAGGAGUUAUCGGUCAUGAGAUCAUCCAUGGAUUCGAUGACUCGGGCUCGUUGUUCGACAAAGACGGAUCCCGUUUAAAUUGGUGGACGAACACUACGAGGGCAAAGUACGACAAGAAGACAGAAUGCUUUGUGAACCAGUACGAGAGUAUUACUGAGCUCGGACUCACAAAACCAUCAGCAAAUCCAAACGGUCUUCAGAUAAACGGGAACUUGACCCUCGGAGAAAAUCUGGCUGACAAUGGAGGAGUGAGGAACGCGUACCGGGCGUACAAAGCUUACGUCCAAAAGUCGCCGACUGCUUUGCGACUGCCUGGACUGGCUAAUUAUACACCUCUUCAGCUAUUUUUUCUGGGACACGCCGUUGGAGUGUGUGGAAUAGUCACCGAAGAAUCACUUGCGCAGGAUUUGCGAGCUGAUCCCCACGCGCCUUGGGCAAGUCGAGUGAUUGGCACAUUGCAAAACAUGCCGGAAUUCGCUGAAGCAUUUGGCUGUGUGCCUCGAGACUACAUGGAUCCUCUUGAAAAAUGCAAUCUGUGGUAGCAAUCGCAAUUAGUGAUUUUUUUUGGAAGAUAGAAAGAAUGGCCAGAGGGACACGUUUAAAUGGCUGCUUUUUGUUGACGGAGAUACGAGCGGAGUGACGAAUCAGGGUGCUGGAUUUAUUUUAUUUAGUGCAAGAGGCUUUUCAAUAUUUUUGAACAUUUUAAGCCAGAAAAAUAACUCUAUAUGAAAAGGACCUUGCUUGAAAUUAAGAAUUGUUGAGCACGCGAUUCAGGUGCUGUUCGGGUCGAGUCUGAUAUGAAUGCGAGCCGCCGGAUGUGAUUUUUUUAUUCACCAGAUUUGUGUCGAAAAGUCGGUAGUUGAUAUCACAUCACGUGUACGAGAAUUCCGGUGUUCCCCAAUUAAAUGAGUAAUCCCAAUGUGAUUCAAUUGUGCCGAAGAAAUGAUCUAAUUUGAGCCGUAUUUUGAUGCCAUACCAGGAGGAGGACGAUGCGUAAUUCAUGAUGCAAUAUGUGAAGACAUGAAAAAAAAGACUGACGUACAAACA